CACUGACUCGAACCGUUUCGCGCGGCCGCACCAACCACAUUAUGAGUCACAAAGCGAUAACGGUCGAACAUCUUGAGCUCCACCUUUAUUUUCGCUCUCACGUUCUUCGAGGCAGAACGACAUUAGCGUUUUUGUAAUUCUAAUAAGGGUAAGUAUUUUAAAUAAUCGACAAUGAUCCGUUUCUGUUCUGACGGUCAUAGCGCAUGCGCAUUCAAUUGAACCGUCCCUCCCACAACGGCUAAAAUGUAUUGAAAUAUUUGUCUGUUAAUUUGAACAUAAGAAUUGAGACAAGAAUUGAAUUAAAAGAGUUAACAUGUUAAAUACGUGUAGGCUAAGAAUACGCAAAAACGUUACAACAGGCGUCAGUUUAUUCGGUGUAAGUUAACUUGUACAAUUUUGUUUAGAUGGACCAGGGGGCUGUUUAACAGUUAGAAGUGCCGACAAACGAAACAAUAAAUUGCUCUGGAUUUACAACCCAUGUCCAUUAUGAAGGACAAAGGGGUUUUUGAGCUUUCACAAGAGCUCUUGAUACAUCUUACGUUUACCAAACAGAAGAUCCAAUUCAGCAACACUGUUUCCAAAACAUACACAGUCGAGCUGACAUUCUUGACAAAUAAUGUUUGUGAUGUUUCUGACAAGCAACAACUCUUCUUCAGGCUAUAUCAGAUGAGCAGCGUAUUGUUGUAAUGCUUCUUAUGUGUGUAUAAAACACAUUUCAUGGUGGUUUAUGUACAUGUUAUUUAUAGUUGCGAUUAUGUACGGGGCUGUUGAAUGCUUCAUUCUGAUUGGCUGACGAACGUUCGACGGGUGUGCAUUAUUUUUCAGUUAAACGCACACCUAUGAAGUAGUUCCAGAUUUGUCGACCGAAUUACAGUUCCAUAUCACUGCGCCCAGUUUAACUUAAAUGUAGCCUACUGUCCACCAGUGAAUACGUAUCUAACAACAGACAAAGUGACAGGCAAAUUCCAUUGUCUGAGAAGAAAUAACUUAAUAUUUAUGGACAGCAUGAACAUUUGAACAACAAAGGCGAGAGCACUGUACAGGACUGUUCAGACGAAAAACUAAAGCUUAUAUCAAAGGUAACGGCAAACUACAUGACACAAUGAGCAGGUUAAAGAUAAAACACGAAGCACAUAAAUAACAAAAACAACAUCUUAAAUUCGUCUGUGGAAUAGGUAAACGGGACUUAAAACACACAGCAGGAUGCUUUCUAUGCCACUGAGAGAACCGCAGCUGGCGCAGAAACCUCCGUGUCACUUUUUUCUCUUAAUACUUUUCUUAUACGACAGGGGUGUUAAAUACGACGAAAACAAAUCAAAUAUAGAUACUUGUCUUUUCACUCUCAGUGAAGCAAACGCGUGUGCAUGUGCACUUUCUGUCUUCCUCUCGCUCUCGGAAAACUGCAUAUGCAGGCUCAAGCAACGCCUUUAGAUGAGAUGCGUAAGAAAUUAGUCCUACCAGCAAGUGCAUUCCGGGACAAAUACCAUACAAAUGUCUUGAGAUAAAACAUCGUAACAACGUCUUGUGGUAUCGGAACAACGUCUUGUGGUGUUGUGACCGGGGUAUAAGCGGAAUAAUUGACUCCGGUCCUUUCAAUUAUCGAAAGUUAAUGCACACCCGAGGUGUAACGGCCACGACGCGAAGUGUGUGCAUUAACUUUCGAUAAUUGAACGGCCCGUCGUCAAUUAUUCCUUACAUAUUGAUUGAUAACUAUAUCUGCUUAAACAAAUUAUAUCACAUUAUUUGAAACAUCCAGUCUUUAAAAAUACCAUAUGAAAAUGUAUUUUAAUGCUGCAGCACCGUCUCUACCGUCGGUGAUCCAUAUCUUUCACAUUGGAAACACUUUAAAAUAAUGUUGUAUUUGUUUAACAUGAGUUAUUGCUCAUGUUAUUCCGGGUCUUGGGGGUACUAAGAGACGGUGUCCCAUGGAGACUUGUGUUUAUAGAAACCAAACUGUACACUGACUCUCUUCACAUUCACACUCUGCACAUGAUGAUGGACUCCGUGAAUGAAUCUAACUCAAUAAACCAACUGCAGGAGCAAAUUCGCACUUUAACGGAUGAGAAGGCACAGUUGCGUGACCGAAAUGAAGCGCUGUUCAGUAAGCUCGGCUCGGUCCAAAACAAACUUGGUCAGCAGUCUGCUUCAAAGAGCGAUCUGUCUGUCAAACUGGUCCAGUGUGAAGAAGAAAAGCUAAAGAUCUCAAAAGAUCUGGUGGAUGUGCGGAUUGAAUCCAAUAAAAUGAGAGAGCAGUAUGAAGCGGAGAUCUUUGAGCUAAAAAACAUGGUUUUGUCUCUGGAAGGCACGAUCUCAUCUCUUCAGACGGAGCGAGAUCGUGUCGGAUGGGAAGUGUCAGCAACAUCAGCACGUUUAGAAGUGAUGGAGAGAACUGAGCGUGACCUGGCCGAAGAGCUUGCGGUGUUAAAGAGCAAGUUCCGGUCGUUGAGCGCCGCUUAUGAAAGAGAGCAUGCACACUCUGAAGAGCUCAGCGAAGAGCUGCUCGCCCUCGCUCACACGCACGACACCCUCCUGCAGGAGAGAGAGAGAACACACAGACACACGCUAGAGGUGGAGAAGGUUCGAGCACUCCUCAUUAGGGCGUCCCAGAACAGAAUCAGACCAGAGGAAUUUGAACAGAGCAAUGACCCACUGAUGAGAAAUGACGUGCACAACAUCAUGAAAGACGAGCUAGAGAAGCUUAAGAAAAGUUACGAAGAGCAACAACGACAACUAGAAGAUAAAGUUGUUGCUUUGGGAAAGGAGCAGCAAGAAAAUAAAAAAGCCAUUCAAUAUACUCGACACAAACUCACUGAGCAGUCUGCUACCUUGAUGAUUUCUCAACACCAGCUGAAGGAAUCCGAGGCAGAGCUCUCUAAAGUACAGAACCAUCUGAAGACACUCAACCGAGAAUACAGAGCUCGACUCGCACGCUACAUACAGGACGUCACAGAGUGUGUGACCGCAGUAGGUGUUGGCGACACAAGACAGAAGUUGAAGGGGUUUGUUGAGUCAAUGCUGGAGGAGAUGAAAGCAUCAUAUCGCUCCAGAGAGGAACAGCUCACCAGAGCGGUCCGAACAUCUCGUAAACGUAUACAGGGUCUAAACAACACGUAUCAGAGACUGCUCAUCGCUUACAGGGAGCAACGUGAGCAGAUCUUGGCACUGCCAGGUCACGCUUUAGAUGCCGGACCCCCAGAGUCCCACUUCAGUCCAGCGGGUUCCGAGCUGAGAGGAGAGACAGAGAGAGAAUUACAGAGACUGAGAGAUGACAAAGCUCGACUGGAGAGCCAACUCACACAGGCUCAAGAACAGAUGGCAGUGUUGUCAGAGUCUCAGAGAUCAGGAUUGACCCAAGAGGCCUGGAAUGAUAUUAAAAAACAGCUCACAGAAAUGACAAACACCACACAGGAUGCUCAAGAGCGAGAGCGCACCCAGCUCAUCACCAGGGCGACUGUUGCCGAGGAGCAGUUGUCUGAGUUGAAGGAGUAUGUGGACAACCACCUGGGCAGGUACAAGCUGGAGAUAACGCUUCUGCGCAGACGUCUGGGAUCAAACAGCGCAGGAGUCUGUAAGCCCCGCCCUCUCCAUACAUCAAUCAAAAACAGCAGUUAUGAGAUAUAGUGCAAUGUGGUACAUAAGUCCCGCCCCUUUACCAAUCAAAACGACAACAUAUUAUAAAAUAUUAUAACAACAAAUAUAUGAUAAAUCAAUACAUUUUAUUCUGAUGAUACUUAAUAAACAGACAAUAUGUAAGAUCAUGUAAAUGUGUUAAGGUUGAUUUUGUUCUUCAUUUUGGGGGACAGGUCUUUUUUUUUAACACAACCUGUGGUGUCAAUAUUGUAAAAAGUGUAAUGCAAAUAAGUUGAAUGAAUAAAUGUAUGGUGAAACUUGAUCGACAUGUCUAGACAUU